GAGAGCCCUGCAGGAGGCCGAGGAGUGGGCCGCUGCUGGGACCUUCUCCGGGCGGGCGCCCUUAUUACCUCUGCCUGGUUUUGUUCUGAGAAGGCCGUGAAAAGGAACCAUGGAUCCUGCAGCAUUGGUAGAAGCCGUGGUGGAAGAAGUGGCCUGUCCCAUCUGCAUGACAUACCUGAGGGAGCCUGUGAGCAUUGACUGUGGCCACAGCUUCUGUCACAGCUGUCUCUCUGGACUCUGGGAGGUCCCAGGGGAAUCCCAGAACUGGGGUUACACAUGUCCCCUCUGCCGGGCUCCCGUCCAACCAAGGAACCUGAGGCCCAAUUGGCAGCUGGCCAGUGUGGUAGAAAAAGUCCGUCUGCUAGGGCUGCACCCAGGAAUGGGGCUGAAGGGUAAUGUGUGUGAGCUCCACGGAGAACAGCUAAAGAUGUUCUGCAAAGAGGACGGCCUGAUCACAUGUGAGGCCUGCAGCCAGUCCCCUGAGCACAAAGCCCACAGUGUCGUGCCCAUGGAGGAUGUCGCCUGGGAGUAUAAGUGGAAACUCCAUGAGGCUCUGGAACAUCUGAGGAAAGAGCAAGAAGAGGCCUGGAAGCUGGAAGUUGGUGAGAGGAAACGAACUGCCACCUGGAAGAUACAGGUAGAAACCCGAAAGCAGAGUAUCAUAUGGGAGUUUGAGAAGUAUCGGCGAUUACUAAAGAAAAAGUCACCAGGUCGGCAGCUGGACGUAGAGGCAGCCUCAGCUCUUGCCAGCCUGGAGCAGGAGGAGGGCGAGACCAGACAGAAACUGGAGUUGAAUCACGACGCACUCAUCCAACAGAGCCGGGUCCUGUGCAGGCUGAUUGCAGAGCUAGAAGAGAGGUCUCAGAGGCCUGUCCGAUGGAUGCUGCAGGGUAUUCGGGAAGUCUUAAACAGGAGCAACUCUUGGAGCCUGCAGCGGCCAGAGCCAGUCUCCCUGGAGCUGAAAACAGUUUGCUGUGUGCCAGGCCUGAGAGAGAUGCUGAAGACAUACGCAGCUGAUGUGCGCCUUGAUCCAGACACUGCCUAUUCCCGCCUCAUCGUGUCUGAGGACAGAAAAUGCGUGCGCUAUGGAGACACCAAGCAGAAACUGCCCGACAAUCCUGAGAGAUUCUACCGCUAUAAUAUCGUCCUGGGCAGCCAGUGCAUCUCCUCAGGCCAGCACUACUGGGAGGUGGAGGUGGGAGACAGGUCUGAAUGGGGCCUGGGAGUGUGUAAGGAAGAUGUCGACCGGAAGGAGGUGGUCUAUUUAUCCCCACACUAUGGAUUCUGGGUGAUAAGGCUGAGGAAGGGCAAUGAGUACCGGGCAGGCACUGAUGAAUACCCACUCCUGUCCUUGCCAGUCCCUCCCCGACGGGUGGGCGUCUUCCUGGAUUACGAGGCCCAUGAUAUCUCCUUCUACAACGUGACUGACAACGGCUCCCACAUUUUUACUUUUCCCCACUAUCCCUUCCCUGGGCGCCUCCUGCCCUAUUUUAGUCCUUGCUACAGCAUUGGUGCCAACAACACUGCUCCUCUGGCCAUCUGCUCCCUGGACAGGGAGGACUAAGAGAGCCACCAUCCCAGCCAGAGGCCUCAGAAUUUCGCCUGGGCCACAGGGGUCUCGGAGGGCCUACCCCGACAAGGGUCCCCUUAAACUGAGUUGAGCCUAGAAUCUGGGGAUUCUUCUGCCUUGCCCAGUGGUCUGCUGUUCCUGAGCCAGAGUCUCUCACUAAACCACUUCAUGAAAGAGGUGCGGCUUACUCAAAUGGACAUUGUCCCCUGUGGGGGAAGCAUGACAGGCCCGAAGGUGAGGGUCAGAGUGGGAUCAGAGUGGCUCUAACAAUGAGGUCUUGUCCUUUCUGUAAUUCAGGCCCCUCUUUUUCAGUCCCUGUCAUUGCCAUAAUUAAGUCAGUGAGGACAAUGAAGUAGAUGCAACCUUCUGGAAACCUGUUAGAUAGGGUUUACCAACAAGACAGAAGAAUACCACUCAUAUCCAGAGCUGACCACUGUGCUGAGGCCAGUUGGAGGCCUCACCUGAGGUUUGCUGCAAGUGAGCAAAUGUUUGACCCCAGCUCUGCAGCCUCUAAACUGUAGAAAUGCAUUGCAGGUGGCCCAGACCAGUCCAGCGGUCACCCUCCUGUACGCACGAGCUGGACACACCGCUGUGUGUCAGGCUCUGAAGAGACCUGUGUCCUGGUCCUGCCCUUCUCCCUGAGUGGUGGGAUCAGAAAACCUGUGAGCCUUGUUUUUAUUUUCACUUUAUGGGUAAGAAAACUGAAAUGGCCUUAAUAGAGCAAGUUAUUUCUCACAGAGCUGUUGAAAGAAGAUUGUAAAGAUUAUACAGUAUUUCUUACAUUUAAAUGAAACAGGAUUGACAGACUCACUUCUCAGGUCACAUGUCUGCAUGUCACUCAUUACAUUUGGAUCUGAAAGUCCCCACUCAUUUGAAAGAUGUUUCGUCCUACAUGGGAAAAAUGGGUAGAGGGGCUACAUACUCUCCUACCUCAUUGGGUUGUUGUGAGGAUCUCAGAUCCAUCCCAAACUUGUGUUCCUUUCUCAGGGACAGAGGAUAUUGCCAGCCGUGGAUAUUGCCUGUGUAACCUUCCGACUCACCUCAGCCAGCAUCUUACAGCAGGGCCUUUGUGUUUCAGGGCCUCUCCUGACAGUCUAGAGCCCUUUAGACAGAAUGUGGCCGUGCCAGUGACAAACUCUGGGUCCCAGCAAUAUAUUGUGAAUCUAUUUUUUUGUAUGUUUUACUUCUUUGGAUUAGAGUUGGGACUGUGACUGCAGGAUAGAGAAUGGAGAUCGUUUUUUGAAGGAAAAGAAAAUAACCAGGAAGGAACGCUCACUCACCCACAAACUAGUUGGGCUAAAGUUUGGAUCUUUUUGUAUCACCAAGGGAAUCCACAUGGUUCGGGUAACUGCCUGACAUUCUCCCUGCCUUUGUUUUCCCUAAAGCUAUGACAGGAGGAGACAUGGGGGAAGGAAGAAUCGGGAAAAAGAAUAGGACUAGGCACAAGAAGCCAGUUUUGGAGCCAUACAUUAAAAUGAAGAGGAAAUUAAGACCAUGUAUCUGUGCUGUUAACCUAAAAGUGAUUGUUGUGUGUGGCAAAAAGUAAUUCACUGCAGGCCUUAAGAGUAUGAUGUGGGAAUAAUUGUGUCUGGAAACGAAGUGCAAGACUAGCAUAUGAGAAUUAAUGGCUUUGCCUGUUGUGAGAGGCUACAAUAUGUAUGUCACAUUGUCAUAAUGACUGUUAGACACCACCAUUGAUGUAGUUUAGAUGUGAAGGUAGUGACUAUUUGGGUAGGAUUGAGAAGCAAGGAAGAUACUGGGUGAUAGAUGGACAGAAGCAAAGUAAUUCCUGUAAUAAAUAAUAGCAAAAAUUGUCUUUCUAAUUUAAUUGUAUUGGCUGUUAACAUGAAGGAGGAGCCCUGGCUGGGUGGCUCAGUUGGUUGCAGCAUCCCAUCCACCACCAAAAAGCUGCGGGUUCAUUUCCCAGUUAGGGUACAUACCUACGUUGCGGAUUUGAUGCUCCGUUCAGGGGCAUACAGGAGGCAACCAAUCCAUGCUUCUCUCUCCCUCUUUCUCUCCCCAUACCCUUCCU